GGUUUAAAUAUGUAUAACGUUUAUGUUAAAUCUCUGUCCUCAUGGAUUAGGUUCUAGUCUGCUGUGCAGUAGCCAAAGGAGCCAUUUUAACAGUAUUGGGAUGAGGCCAGAAUCAGCAGCUCAUACGUCAUCAUAGAGGAGGGGCUAUGUAAAUUUAGCAGAAUAAUGUAUGGGGAUGCAGCCUGCUAUUUCCACUUGCCCAUCAAUACAAUCUAGGGGGGAAAUCGUCGAUUCAAAUUGCUAAUUUAAAAAAGAAAAAGGAUAUCAAAUUCUCUCGUCUCCAGGCUUUAGUCCAGAAUAUAUGGAACAUGGCAUCGAAAUGUCCUAAAUGCGACAAGACGGUUUAUUUUGCGGAGAAGGUGACAUCCCUGGGGAAAGACUGGCACAAGUUCUGUCUGAAAUGUGAGCGCUGCAACAAGACCCUGAACCCAGGGGGCCAUGCUGAACAUGAUGGAACACCCUACUGCCACAAGCCAUGCUAUGCUGCCCUCUUUGGACCAAAAGGUGUGAACAUAGGAGGUGCUGGCUCUUACGUCUAUGAGGCUCCCGUUAACGAUACCCCUGCCAGCGUUUCCACGGAAACAGGGGCCAAACUCGAGGAGAAGAAAGCUCACGCCAGAGGCCCAGUGAAGGCCGCAAGCUUCUCCACUUUUUCUGGAGAGCCCAGUAAAUGUCCAAGAUGCAGCAAGACAGUGUAUUUUGCUGAGAAGGUAACGUCCCUGGGGAAGGACUGGCAUCGACCCUGUCUGCGCUGUGAGAGAUGCUGCAAGACCCUGGCCCCUGGAAGCCAUGCAGAGCAUGAUGGGCAGCCCUACUGCCACAAACCGUGUUAUGCCACCCUGUUUGGGCCCAAAGGUGUGAACACUGGAGGUGUUGGGAGCUACAUCUACAAUGAACCCAGCACUGAGGCAGAGGCAGAGACUGAGGCCCAGCCUUGAGUCUACCCAUAUCCCCCACCACCUCCUCCUCCAGCCAGACCUCUUCAGCAUUGGCUCUCUCACCUCAUGCCUUGUUACUAUCCCCAUUCUUAGAUAGGAUGAGUAUAUCUGUAUUUCCAACCUGUCCCUACACUUUCUACUCUGCUUCUCCAUUAGGUUAUUCAGCAUGUACAGAAAGCAAGUGUCAAAUAGUACAUGUUGUAGGCUUAACUCACAAGAAUGGAUAUUUAGAAUGUUCAGUUGUGUUUCUAGAUGAUUUAUACCUCUACUUUUUGUAUUGCAAUGAAUCUUUUUUGGCGAACAUCUCCCCUGUACAGUAGGUUCAUCGAUGUCCCCUUCCUCGUUGUUCAUGUCUCUCCAAGAUGCCAAAUCAGCAGAAGUGUGUGUAAGCUGUACAGUACAAUGUGUAUUAAAUGAAAGCCACCCUAUGGUUUGACUCUACACAGUACAGCACAGACCUAGUGAGGGAAAGAUGAGGGGGUGGUAGGCCUGCUUUUAUUAAUUCCCUGAAAAGAAUGUCAUUUAUCUGUGCACCUACAAAUACAUGGCAUACACAACUGGCAUGAUGAUUUCCAAGCUUUAUGCUAUAGGCCUAUUCAGUAUGUUCUUGCCAAGUUCACCCUGCGUCUAGGAGAACAGGGUGAUAGUGUAGAAACAGAAUAGAUAGAGCAUCCUAGGAAUGUGCAUUAUUGUUAGCCUAUUGCUGUUGGUUGUGCAUCAAAGGUGUGUUACUUAAGAAAGUGGGUCAUCAGAUAUUUUCUACAAUAAAGUUGUAAGAACAUGAAA